AUGAGAAGGCUGGCACACAGGCACCAACUGAAGCAAUCAGGAGUUAAGGGCAUGUUCGGUAGGCUAUCAGUUGCCAUAGUUAUACUGGUCAUCUGUACUGUUUCACUUUUGUCCACUAUAAAGAGCACCAGCGGUCCAUUGCCUCAAUCUCAGAUUGACGUGGAUGCACUCUGGGACACAGCUCCUUCUGGUGGGUGGAGACCGUCAUCUGAUCCAAGAUCUGAAUGGCCCCCUCCUCCAACAAAAACCAAUGGCUACUUGAGAGUUCGUUGUAAUGGUGGCCUUAAUCAGCAAAGAAGUGCGAUCUGUAAUGCUGUUCUGGCUGCUAGAAUCAUGAAUGCUACACUUGUGCUGCCUGAACUCGAUGCAAACUCGUUCUGGCAUGAUGAUAGUGGCUUUCAUGGUGUGUAUGAUGUGGAGCAUUUCAUUAAGUCACUGAGAUAUGAUGUCAACAUUGUGGAAAGCAUUCCAGAGAUCCAUAAAAAUGGGAAGCCCAAGAAGAUAAAACCUUUUCAGAUGCGGCCCCCAAGAGAUGCUCCUGUAAGUUGGUACACAACAGAUGCCUUAAAGAAGAUGAAAGAACAUGGUGCUAUUUAUCUUACUCCUUUCUCUCAUCGCCUGGCUGAAGAGAUAGACAACCCUGAGUACCAGCGGCUAAGGUGUAGAGUGAACUAUCAUGCCUUGAGAUUUAAGCCUCACAUCAUGGAGUUGAGUGAUGCAAUCGUGAAAAGGCUUCGAGCACAAGGUCACUUUAUGGCCAUACAUCUUCGUUUUGAGAUGGAUAUGCUGGCAUUUGCUGGGUGCUUUGAUAUAUUUACUCCAGCGGAACAAAAAAUAUUGAAGAAAUACCGCGAAGAAAAUUUUGCACCAAAGAAACUCGUAUAUGAUGAGAGAAGGGCAAUUGGAAAAUGCCCUCUAACUCCUGAAGAGGUGGGUCUUAUCUUGAGAGCACUGGGUUUUGACAACUCUACCAGAAUAUACCUUGCUGCCGGCGAACUAUUUGGCGGCGACCGAUUUAUGAAGCCCUUCCGGGCACUGUUCCCACGCCUUGAAAACCAUAAUACUGUAGACUCGACUGGCGAGCUUGCCAAGAACACCAAUGGCCUCAUGGGUUCGGCAGUCGACUAUAUGGUUUGUCUGCUGGCCGACAUAUUCAUGCCCACAUAUGAUGGGCCCAGCAAUUUCGCGAAUAAUCUUCUCGGCCACCGACUCUACUAUGGUUUCCGCACAAACAUACGGCCAGACAGAAAAGCCCUUGCGCCUGUCUUUAUCGACCGCGAAAAGGGGCGUACGGCUGGCUUUGAAGACGCUGUCAGGCGCGUGAUGCAGAAGACAAAUUUCGGUAAGCCCCACAGGCGGGUCUCGCCCGAGUCGUUCUAUACGAACUCAUGGCCGGAAUGCUUUUGUCAGAUGUCGGCCGCCAAUCCAGCUGAUAAAUGCCCGCCGGAUAACGUUGUAGAGAUCUUGGAGACCCAAGUCAAUUUCAUUGAAGCCCAAAGUUUGAGCCCAACAAGAACCAAAAACCCACCUCCCCUCAUUGGUAUAAAUACAUCAUCAUCUCCCAUCUCCCCAACAUCACCUCCUCUAUUCAAAAUCCGGCCAGCCACCGCGCAGCUCCGACGAGCUACCGUUGUCCAAGCUCCGGUGACCCUCACACCGGCGAGCUCAACCCCAACUGCGCUGCACCUCUCCGGUGAGCUCCCCACAGUCACAGCUCCUAACUGCCGCCAUUCCCUUCACGGCGAGCUCGCGACCACGCCCGUCCUCGCCGAAAAAGCGCAGCUCUCUUCCCGGCGACCCUGCAACAGCUCCCUUCCCGGCGUCCCGCAUCAGCUCUCUUCCCGGCGACCCCACAGUUCGGCGAACCAGUCCAGCCCUUCCGCUGCUGCCUCCAUUUCCGGUGACCCCAACUCAAGUGUCGACCACCUCUGUCCGCGCUUUCCUGUUCCAGCUCCGACGUCCUCGAGCCACGCACCACCAGCUUCGGUCCCAGUUGGUUCGAACCACCGUCCUCAUCCUGCUCGUAGUCGGGUCUGUCCAGCCCCUUCACGGCAAGCUCCGAACGUCGGCGAAGCCUACUGCAGCUCCGACCCACAGCUUCAGUUCCAAUGA